AUGGCCGCAGCUCCGCGCUGCCGGCAACGCGUGCACCUCUGCGUGAUGCACGCGCGCCCCGCACAGGCCAUACACCCACGGGUGACGCUUGCAAACCCCAUGUGGGCCAUGCACCCACAGAAAAUCAUUGGUGUCUUCAAGCCCAAAAACGAGGAGCCGUACGGGCAGCUGAACCCCAAGUGGACCAAGUGGCUGCAGAAGUUGUGCUGCCCGUGCUGCUUCGGAAGAGACUGCCUCGUGCUCAACCAGGGCUACCUGUCGGAGGCAGGUGCCAGCCUCGUGGACCAGAAACUGGAACUCAGCAUCGUUCCUCGCACAAAGGUGGUGUAUCUGGCCAGUGAGACCUUCAACUACAGCGCCAUUGACAGAGUGAAGUCUCGAGGGAAGAGGCUGGCCCUGGAGAAGGUGCCAAAAGUUGGCCAGCGCUUCAACCGCAUAGGUCUGCCGCCCAAGGUGGGCUCCUUCCAGCUCUUUGUGGAAGGCUACAAGGAUGCCGACUACUGGCUUGAAGCGGAGCCGCUCCCGGAGAACACCAACCGGCAGCUGCUGCUGCAGUUUGAGAGGCUGGUGGUGUUGGACUACAUCAUCAGGAACACAGAUCGAGGCAAUGACAACUGGCUCAUCAAGUACGACUGUCCCCUGGACAGCGCGGGCGUGCGGGACAGUGAUUGGGUAGUGGUGAAGGAGCCCAUCAUCAAGCUGGCAGCUAUAGACAACGGUUUGGCUUUUCCCCUGAAACACCCGGACUCCUGGAGAGCAUAUCCCUUCUACUGGGCAUGGCUACCCCAGGCCAAAAUUCCCUUUUCACAAGAGAUAAAGGACCUGAUUCUUCCCAAGAUCUCAGACCCCAACUUUGUCAAGGACCUGGAGGAAGACCUGUAUGAGCUCUUUAAGAAAGACCCAGGCUUUGACAGGGGACAGUUUCACAAGCAGAUUGCUGUCAUGAGAGGCCAGAUCCUGAACCUAACUCAAGCGCUGAAGGAUGGGAAGAGCCCCCUGCACCUAGUCCAGAUGCCACCCGUGAUCGUGGAAACGGCGCGUUCCCACCAGCGCACUGCCAGCGAGUCCUACACACAGAGCUUCCAGAGCCGCAAGCCCUUCUUCUCUUGGUGGUAGCUGGGAGCGGAGGGCAGAGCGCUCGGCCACCUCGGACUAGCGCUACGCGAGGAGCCGGGCGCCUGCCGGCUCCUGUGGCCAGGACGCGCCGUCCUGGGAAGAGCGAGCG